CCCCCACAGAUACAGCACCAGCCCUUCCCCAUUGCUCCAGACACAGAGCCACCCCCUAUCUCUAUAUCCCCACAGACACAGGGCCAGACCUGCCCCCUUGCCCCACAGACACAGCACCAGCCCUACCUCUAUAUCCCCCACAGACACAGCGCCAGCCCUGCCCAUUACACCCUCAUGCUGCCACCCAUGUAGCCCCUUCAGAUACAGGGCCAGCCCUACCCAUUACACCCUCAUGCUGCCACCCACGUAGCCCCCCACAGAUACAGAGCCAGCCCUGCCCCAUUGACACAGUGCCAGUCUUGCCUGUUACACCCUCAUGCUGCCACCCUGUAUCACCCUACACCUGCAGUGCCACACCCUACCUCUAUAUUCCCCACAGACAGAGUGCCAGCCCUGCCCAGUACACCCCUAUGCUGCCACCCCCAUAGCCCCCACAGGUGCAGUGCCACCCCAACCUCAUCCUGCAGCCCCUACAUCCCCCACAUACAGUACAACCUCUAUAUCUCCGACCCCCACAGAUACAAUGCCACCCCUACUCUCCCCUAUGUGUGCCCCUUACCCCAUUACCCCCACAGAUAGUGCUACUCUCUACCCCAUUAUACCUAUAGAUAGUGUCCCUUCUUACCCUCCUUGGAUAUGCUGUCACCCCUCUAGCCCCUCAUACAGCGCCUCAUCCUAUGCAAGGUUUAUUCCUAAAUACCUCUUCCCCAUGGUUGCUCCUUCUCUGAAAGGCCUCUGUGUCCCUAAAUCCUUCAUCCCUCAGUUCCCCAAUGGUUCUGUUUUGCAGACCAUCUUGUUGGGACUGGCUCUGUGCACACUUGCUGGUUUAUGGGUGUGGGGUUUUGGCCCAUGCUGUCGGUGAUGCUGGCCCUUCUAAACAGGUCUUACUGCCUUUUUAAGUGUAUAGGGAAAGUGCUUCUCCAGGAGGUUUAACUGAUAUGGGUGACACUGAUGUGUGUGUAAUCCCCCCAACUCCCCAAUCUAACUUCAACCUUCUCUUUAUAGCUGGAGCCAUACAUGGAUGAGAACUUCGUUUCAAGAGCCUUUGCCACCAUGGGAGAACUUGUUCUGAGUGUAAAAAUCAUCCGAAAUAGAUUGACAGGAAUUCCAGCAGGCUACUGCUUUGUAGAAUUUGCAGAUCUGGCUACUGCAGAGAAGUGUUUACACAAAAUCAAUGGAAAACCGCUUCCUGGUGCCACACCAUUUCUAUUUAUCCUUGUUGCAGUCAAAGCGAUUUAAACUGAACUACGCAACGUAUGGAAAACAGCCCGACAACAGUCCAGAAUACUCACUCUUUGUGGGAGAUCUGACCCCCGAUGUGGACGAUGGCAUGCUAUAUGAGUUUUUUGUUAAAGUUUAUCCGUCAUGUAGAGGUGGCAAAGUUGUUUUGGACCAGACUGGAGUUUCCAAAGGUUAUGGGUUUGUGAAAUUCACAGACGAGCUGGAACAGAAAAGAGCCCUGACAGAGUGCCAAGGGGCUGUGGGAUUGGGCUCUAAACCCGUACGCUUGAGUGUGGCCAUACCAAAAGCUAACCGUGUGAAGACGGUGGAGUACAAUCAGAUGUACAACUAUAAUUAUAACCAGUAUUACCAACACUAUCAGAACUACUAUGCCCAGUGGGGAUAUGACCAGAACACAGGCAGUUAUAGCUACAGCUAUCCCCAGUAUGGAUACACACAGAGCACCAUGCAGACAUAUGAAGAAGUCGGCGAGGAUGCAUUAGAAGAUCCAAUGCCUCAGAUGGACGUGACAGAAGCAAACAAACAGUUUAUGGAACAGAGUGAAGAACUCUAUGAUGCCUUGAUGGACUGUCACUGGCAGCCUUUGGACACUGUCUCUUCAGAGAUUCCAGCCAUGUUAUAGCCUCAUUGCUGAGGCAUUGUCUCUACGCGACAAGCCAGCAGGCACCAGACUCCUACGCUGCACCUGGAACCUGCAGUAGUGAAGGGAUGGCCCCUCUUCCACCCAGGUCUCUGACUCAAAGUACAGGGGGACUGUGGCAUUUCCUGUACACAAUGAGUAUUGGAGGAGCAUCGUGGUAGCUUUUAUUCAUGGUGAAAAUUAGAACGGCAACAGUUUUAUUCCUUUGGUCUCGAAAUGAACUCUUAAUACUUCUUGGGGAAUUGUAAUUUAUAAACUUUAAACAAGAUGGCACAGGGGGAAGACUCUUCUCCAAUGUACAAUAAAAAAAAAAUUGGUCUUUUAAGUAAAAUUAUCCUUUGCAUUUUG